GUCGUUCAUGGGCGGGACUUGAGUGUUUACUGUCUCAUUGACUGGUAAUCGUUGGAUAUGUUGACAAGAUGGAGUUCUUGCUGGGAAACCCAUACAGUACUCCGGUGGGACAGUGCAUUGAAAGGGCCACAGAUGGCUCCCUGCAAAGUGAAGACUGGACCUUGAAUAUGGAAAUAUGCGACUUAAUCAAUGAAACAGAAGAUGGGCCUAAGGAUGCUAUACGAGCUGUGAAGAAGAGGCUUAAUGGGAAUAAAAACUACAGGGAGGUGAUGCUUACACUGACGGUUCUUGAGACAUGUGUAAAGAACUGUGGCUAUCGGUUCCACGGACUCGUCACCACCCGGGACUUCAUAGAUGGCCUUUUGGUGAAAAUUAUAUCUCCUAAAAACAACCCACCGGCUAUAGUGCAGGACAAAGUACUAGCUUUGAUACAGGCAUGGGCAGAUGCCUUCAGGAGUAGUCCAGAUUUAACAGGAGUAGUCCACGUCUAUGAAGAAAUGAAGAGGAAGGGUAUAGAGUUUCCAACGUCUGACUUGGAGACCUUGUCCCCCAUUCACACACCACAACUGCUGCAAAGUGCUCCAGAGAUGGACCAGCCGAAAUACAGUGCCCCAGUCCAGCCCAAGCCACAGCCUCACCCUCACCCUCACCCUCACCCUCACCCUGCCUCCGCUCCUCCCUUCUCUGCCCCUGUGACUCACACUUCCCCACCGAUGCCCAAUCUGCCCAUCAACCCUUCCCCAGAACAGAUUUGCAAGCUGCGCAGUGAGCUCGACAUUGUGCGCGGGAACACUAAGGUGAUGUCGGAGAUGUUGACAGAGAUGGUUCCCGGUCAAGAGGAUCCAUCUGAUCAUGAGCUUCUGCAGGAAUUGAACAGGACGUGCAGGGCCAUGCAGCAGAGGAUAGUUGAGCUCAUCUCACGCGUGUCCAAUGAGGAAGUCACGGAGGAGCUCCUGCACGUCAACGACGACCUCAACAACAUUUUCCUACGAUAUGAGAGAUACGAGAGGUUCCGAUCUGGCCGAACUGCGCAAGGCAUAAACAAUGGGGUGGGUUGUGUCCUGAACGAGGCGACAGAAGAUAACCUGAUUGACCUGGGACCGGGGUCUCCUGCGGUGGUCAGUCCCAGGAUCAGCGCCACUCCUCCGUCCAGUCUGCCUCCCUCCGUCGCUGCUGUUCGCUCUGCCUCUCCAGUCACACUCUCCUCCAGACUGGCGGUUUUGGAUGUGGGUUCUGACAGUGUGACUGGCACCUUGAGCUCUUUGACUACCUGUCAACCCCAAGAUGACUUUGACAUGUUUGCCCAGACCAGGACUGGUACCAUUCCUGAGCGGAAGAAUGUACCAUUCGAAGACACAAAGGCUUCAAGUGGAGUGGCCCCGACUUUGGAUGUCAGACAGCAAAACACUGGGGCAGCUCUUGACCAGUCCUCUGUCAUGGAUGACAUUGAGGAGUGGCUCUGUACUGAUGUGAAAGGAGAUGAAGGAGAGGAGGGUGUGACAAGUGAAGAGUUUGACAAGUUUCUAGAGGAGAGAGCCAAAGCAGCAGAGAUGGUGCCCACACUGCCGACCCCCCCGAGUGACGAGCUUCCUGCUGCUUCCGGUGCUUCUGCCAGUGCAAGUAAAAAGCCAGGCAGGUCCGAGGACGCCCUCUUUGCCUUGUAGAUAAGUGUCAGAUCCUCAGGGGCGGCCCAGCUCUGCUCAUGUGGCAGUGGUGGUUCUGUCCCUUUGCAGAUCCAUCAGCAUCCCCUCUUUCUCUCCUGCUUCUCCAGCACAAUCAACAGUGAUCAGAACUGUUUCAUGAUCUAGACAUUUUCAUAAUGGACUUUUUCUUACUUUCCCAAGUUUUCAUUCCAUUGAAAAUGCUCCACCGAGAACUCCCUGCCUAAAGCAUACUGUUCCGUGUGAGUUCGAGAGGUCAAUGUCUAUUUUUUUAAUUGAUAUUUGUGGUAUAAAGCAAGACAAUUAAUGUAAAAGUCUAUUACCAGAUCCGGCCAUGUCUAAUUUUUGUGUUCACUGUGGUCCUGCAUGCAACAGCUGAAUAAUCCUAUUUCUCUUUCCUCAAGGAUAAUCUGUAAAGGGAGCUGAUAAUUGUUACUAAUUUUUUUU